AAUUUGCUUUCCUUUCUCGGAGAGAAAAACUGCCACAGACUCCAAAAUCAAAGGCAGCGGGAGAGAGAGAGAGAGCGCGCAAUCAACGUCGCCAUUUCUCCUGCAGUUCACGAAAUUCGAAUAUUUUUGUGUUCUUCAGAGAAUUCCAGAUCAGGAGAAAACCAGUGGUUUUGAUAGUGGAGAGGUGGUGAGGGGGGAUGGUUGAGGAGCGGGAAAGUGCGGUGGUUGAGAGCGGCGAGCAGAGGGAUUCCGGCGUCGCGACGGCGGACGCCGGCAGAGAUGGGAAGAAGAAGAAACAUAAGGGGUGGUUUUCUCGCCUUUGGGACGGGGUUUUUAGGAUUCGAGGCGAUGAUUUCGAGAAGAGACUUCAAUAUAUCUCCAAGGAAGAAGCAGCGGUUCUGUCUAGGAUGAAGCGCCGAUCGCAAACAUGGAGAAAGCUCAGUAGAAAUCUCAUAGUCUUCUCCAUUUUCUUUGAGGUUAUUGCAGUGGGUUAUGCAACCAUGACAACAAGAAUGGCGGCCAUGGAUUGGAAAAUGAGGACAUUUCGGAUCUUGCCCAUGUUUCUUUUACCUGCUCUGUCUUCUCUUGCAUAUUCCACAAUCGUCCGCUUCUCAAGGAUGUGUGACCACAGAGAUCAAAAGACAUUGGAAAAGCUUCGGGCAGAAAGACAGGCCAAAAUUGACGAGCUUAAAGAGAAGACCAAUUACUACACCACACAACAACUUAUUCAGAGAUAUGAUACUGAUCCAGCUGCAAAGGCGGCGGCUGCAACUAUCCUGGCGUCAAAGUUAGGCGCAGAUUCAGGCUUGAAAGUAUUAGUAGGAGAUGAAUCCCGACUUGAUCCGUCCGUAGGCAAGAGCCAUGACAUGGAGGUGAUGCAAUCACAAGGGCUCAGACAUCGGAAACAACCUAAUACUAACACAAGACCCAACAGUGCCAGGACCACUCCUCCAGCUCAUCAUUCUGAUGACGAGUCUCGGCAUUCUGGCUUAAGCGAGACAGAACACAACCAGCACAUGGUGGUUGAACACUACAGUCCUCAGGGAUACGCUGCUCAUGACGGCGGUUGGAUCUCGCGGAUCGCGGCUCUUCUCGUGGGCGAGGAUCCCACCCAAUCAUAUGCUCUCAUCUGUGGCAACUGUCAUAUGCAUAACGGACUUGCCCGGAAAGAGGACUUUCCGUACACAACAUACUACUGUCCUCACUGUAAUGCCCUUAACCAGCCGAAACCUAUGGAGGAGAAUGCUUUGUUGAGAACGGCGGAAAGUGAAGUGAUCAACGAUAGAAGCGGCUCUCCAAGCGAAGGCCGAAGCAGCCCCCCGGUGGAGGUGAACAUUCCAGAGAUCAAGGAAGAAGCUGAAACUCUGAGCUGAUGACGCUCGGGUUUGGUUCAAUAUUCUAGAGUCAUUUUUAGGCUUAUAUGAGGUCUCCUAAAACUCGGUACGGAUAACGAAUUCACGGGUUAUUACGGACUUGAGUCACGAUGUGUCAAAAUGGUCGUACUAGUCACAAUGGUCACACUUGAAGGGUGUAACAUGUUUGACUAGUCUAAGCAAACUGGUAAAACUGGUCACACCAGUCAAGUGGUCAUACUAGUAAAGUUGUCACACGAUCACACUAGUCAAACUGAUCACGAAGUAAGGUGGUCAUACUAGUCACACUAGUUGCACUUGAAUGGUGUGACGAGUUUGACGAGUCUGAUAAAAAUGGUUAAACUGAUCACAUUAGUGAAACAAAACUGAAAAAUAUAUGUUAAUUUUCUUUU